UGGCAUUGCCUUGUGUUGCAGUGUUACCUAUACGAACUUCUUUGGCGCAGUAAGUGCAAUGAGCGCUGUUACGUUUGAAGCAGUGAACGGCUACAGUAACAUGUACUGGGGAUGGGGCGGCGAGGACGAUGACAUGGCAGAGCGUCUGCAGAGCAUCGGCGUACGCAUUGUACGCAGCGCAGACGUGGUCGGACGUUACACCACGCUCGCCCACCAUCCGCAGAUCAGGAGUUUGGCCAGAUGGGAGAUACUAGAUCGAGCUUUGAGAAGGAAGGACUUUGAUGGCCUGGGGAGUUUACAUUAUACAAGAUUAGCUCUGAAGCAAACCAGCCUUAUGACUCAUAUAUUGGUUGACCUAGUGUCAACUAACUGAUCAGCACUAUCAUAUCACACGACUGUAUACCCUGCAAAAACUAAGUAUUUUUUAUCCU